AUGCCUUCACUCAAGAGAAAAUUCGACAAGGGCCAAGAGUACGUCCGGUAUAUAACCAAACGCAUCAAGCUUCAUCGACGGAACAAAGGCCGAGGCGCCGGACGCUUCGACACCCUCCCGCCAGAAGUCAUCCAUAUCAUUGCAACGUUCACUGAGCGCAGAGCGCUAUCCCGUCUACGCGCAACAUGCUGCUACAUCUUCAACUCCACCCAAUACCACUGGCAGCACACCUACUCUGUCCAAACAAUCCGCACGGACUUUUCGAAACGCUCGCUAAAAAGGCUAGAGAAACUCUGCAAACAUCGCGAGCUCAUGCUCAAGGUCGAGACCUUGCUUAUUCAGGAGCCCCGCCGGACCGAAUUCGGCAAAGGGUUCACCUGGAAACGCGAUUCGGGAGCAUUUCCUGAAAUGCUUCGAUAUGACCAGGACGCAGUCAAGCAGUGGCAAGCGGUCUUUUCGAAACUCGUCAACUGCCGCUCCUUCAUCUUCCACGCGGCCUCCGAGGCUCACAGACCGACCAACAAGCUAACGGGCACAGACGCCCUCGUGGUCCUCCUCUACAUCCUCGCGGGCUCCGGCAUCCCCGCAGAAAUCCCUCGGGAGGUCAGCGGCGUCGACCCCAAACGCCUCUCCGCCUUUGAGAUGGUCAAGUUACCCGGAUUCAAGCAGGCGUGCGCGAGUAUCCGCUCGCUAUGCGUGAGCGGUGCGAUGCGCGGAGAGGAGAGCAUCUUCGCAACCAUGCUCCCGCACACAGCGGCGCUGCAGAAACUCAUUGUCCGGAACUGUUGGGACCAGGAGGCUGAGCCGUUCAUGGCCGCGCUGGCGCACCUCGCGCGCGACGAGCCUCUGCGCUUCCACCUGCGUGAGUUUGAGUACUCGCGGAGCGUCUUUGAUCGGCGGCAGAGGGCCCCUGUAAACGCGACACGGCACUUUACCCAGUUCCUCGCGUCGCAGAAUGGAUCGCUGCGUAAGCUGGUUCUCGGUCCGUUGUCCGUCUUUGAGGGAUCCUUUGUGCCUGUCCUCGACUCGUUGCGCGACAACAACAAGGCCCUCGAGGAUAUCACGAUUCGGGAUAUGCAGUGCUGGCCGUCUCGCACGCGGCUGCGUUUCCCUGGGAUUGAGAAGAAUCCCGUUGUUAGAUCCUUUGUGCAGGGCUUUACUUGCUAG